AUGACUACAAUUUUCUUGGCUCACAAACUAAUGAGUGUAAAAUUAGAUAAAACAGAAUUUGAAAAUAUUAAACAUCAGAAAAUUAAAAACAUGAAAGAGAGACAAAAAAACCUGUAUGAUUUGAGAAAUAUUCUUGCAAAGAAUACAUUUGAGAAGAAUUGUAGAUUAUGUUUAAAACCUGGAAUUAAGAAUAUUUUUGAAAAUAAUCGUGAGUUUGACCAUUUGCAUGCCAUCAAAACCUUUUUUGGCAUUGAGCGUAAGAUAUCAGAAAAUGAUGGCAAACCACAAUACAUAUGUGAGAGCUGUGAGACGACAAUUAAAAUGGCUGCUAGACUUAAGGAUACUGCUGUGACCUCACAAUGGAGACUGCAACAUGAAUUAGAAAUAGUGUCAGAGUUAGCUGCUGAACGUGACACGGAGGCACAGAGCGAAACACGAGAUGAUUAUUUUAAUACAGAAGAGACAGAUAUCCUUCUCAAAUGGGUCUGCGACAAAUGCCGACGAGUUUUUCUAAAUCAGGAUGAAUUCAAAGAACAUGAGUUGCUGCUACAUUGUCAGACAAAGGUUAGGAGCUACAUAUGUGAGACAUGUGGUUUUGAGUUUAAGACUAUACCCCAAUUAAAGAGACACAGAUCAAUCCACACAGAGGAGCCGCAGUACAGGUGCGUGCAGUGUUCGUACCGCGGCCGCACUAGGCACGCCCUCGCGGUGCACUUGCGGCUGCACAGCGGCGAGCGGCCGUUCCAUUGCGCGCUGUGUUCCGCGACGUUUCCCAACGCCUCAAACUUGGCUUCACAUCGACGACGUCAUUUACCUCCGGCCUAUCAUUGCGAGGCGUGCCAACGAAGAUUUAGGUUUAAAGAGGCUUUAAGCAACCAUAUCGCAACAAUACAUAGAGAUGCAAAACCUUUCAAUUGCUCUACUUGUGGCAAGACAUUCGCGACACGGAAAAUGAUACUGCGCCAUGAACGCAACGUACACAACCGUCCGAAAUUACGAUCAGGGGUCACACGAACCUGUACAACGCUACAGAAGGAGAACUAA